UUGAUUGGAAGAAUAUGUAAUGCACCCUUAUUGAUCAAUCUUCGUUGUGAACAGAGCAAAUGACUGCUGCGAGGAGCGCAGCGAUCUUCCCUACACUUUGAAAGAGUUGAGAAACUAUGGAAAAAUCACAACUGUAAUCCUGCUGUAUAUUUACGUAAGAAUCGAAGCAGAGCGCUUUAAUAAGCACACGUUCUGGCAGCGUUCACCGGCCGUCUUACAGCAAUAGGAUUUGAGAUGUGUGAUGGAGUCACAGGUAAUUCCUCUGGAUCCCAGACAAAAACCCUGAUGGGCUUUAGGAUCACGUUACUGGCCGCUGUGUGUGAGAGAUGGAGUGAUAAAAACAGCUUUCUGGACAUGAUGUCGAUCGACGGACACUGUCCCGCCUUCAUCAAGACGGAGCCGUCGAGCCCUUCUUCUCUGUCGGACAGUCUGACCCAGCACAGUCCCGGGGCGUCGUCGGACGCCGGGAGCAGCUACAGUUCAGUAACUAAAGGGAAGCCGACAGGCCUGGACUCUCCUGCGGCGGAGGUGGAUCUGAGGCGUCCCGGCGCCCCCUGCAGGCUGCUGGAGGAAGCGCAGGAGAAGAGCGGAUACGCGCUGAGCUCGGGUCCCAAACGCCUGUGCCUCGUGUGCGGAGACGUUGCGUCCGGUUUUCACUACGGAGUGGCUUCCUGCGAGGCCUGCAAAGCUUUCUUCAAACGCACCAUUCAAGGAAAUAUCGAGUACAGUUGUUCGGUCAGCAGAGACUGUGAGAUCACUAAAAGAAGGAGGAAGUCCUGUCAGGCCUGCCGCUUCACUAAGUGUCUGUCCGUGGGAAUGCUGCGAGAAGGUGUGCGUUUGGACCGGGUGAGAGGAGGAAGACAGAAAUAUAAGAGGAGAAUCGACUCUGAUUCCAGCGUCUUCUUCAGUGUACAGCAACCUCACAGAAAACAACCAUCCUGCAGCACUCUGGGGGAGAAUAAGGUAGUGACCCUGCUGUUGGGGGCGGAGCCAGAGAAGGUGUGUGCCAUGCCUGACCCCGCCCUUCCCGACAGUGACAUCAAAGCCCUAACGACCCUGUGUGACCUCGCCGACAGAGAGCUGGUGCUUAACAUCAGCUGGGCCAAAAACAUACCAGGUUUCUCCAGCCUCUGUCUGUCUGAUCAGAUGAGCCUCCUGCAGAGCGCCUGGAUGGAGAUCCUCGUCCUGCGCGUGGCUUUCCGCUCGCUGCCCUGCGAGGACAAGCUGGUGUUUGCGGACGAUUACAUCAUGGAUGCUGAACAGGCCAAAUCAGCAGGUCUGCUGGAGCUCCACAAGGCCAUAUUACAGCUGGUGAGCAGGUACAGGUCCAUGAGGCUGGAGAAAGAAGAGUUUGUCACUCUGAAAGCCAUCGCUCUCGCCAACUCAGACUCGAUGCAUAUAGAGGACGUGGAGGCCGUUCAGGGUCUUCAGGACUCUCUCCAUGAAGCUCUUCUGGAUUACGAGUGUGUCCAUCACAGGGAAGACCCCCGACGGGCGGGGAAACUCAUCAUGACCCUUCCACUCCUCCGCCAGACCUCCGCCAAAGCCGUGAGGCAUUUCUGCAGCAUCAAGCAGGAUGGACGCGUUCCCAUGCACAAACUCUUCCUGGAACUUCUGGAGGCAAAUGUCUGAUCCUUCACCUGAUUGGACCGUCAAACACGCCCCUCCAGCACACGACUGGAUGAAGGAUUAUUCACGGAUCCAGGGAAAACAAAAGGCGCUCGUCAUUGUCAUGACACAUAACAAUAAUACAGGAUGUUCUCAGACAAAUACAGUUUGUUUCAUAUAGCUGAGGAUCAGAGAAAACUAAAAAAUGAAGUAUCAAAUAUACAUACUGUUUAAAAUUAUCAUUAUUUUUUAGGAAAUUCAUAAUUUUAUUGCACAAGGAUGCAUUCAAUUGAUCAAAAGUGACGGUAAAUACUUCUAUAAUGCUACAAAAAUUCAUAUUUCUUUUUUUUACUUUCUGGUUAUCAAAGGAUCCAAAACGCAUUAUGGUUUCAACAAAAUAUAAUGUUUUCAACAUAGGAAAUUUCUUAAGCUACAAAUCAGCAUAUUAAAUGAUUUCUUAAGGAUCGUGCGACUCUGAAACUUCAGCAGGAAUACAUUACAUUUUUAAAUAUAUUCAGAUACAAAGCAGUCAUUUUUUAAUUGUAAUAUUAUUUCACAAUAUUGCAGAUUUUGAUCAAAUAAAUGCAGCCUUGGUGAGCAUAAAAGUGAGCCCAGACAUUAACGAGCGAGUGCUGGAAUAAAUAUUGUUAAAUUAUUGGAGAAACUACAUUUUAAUCUUGAAGGUGUUUAUUGUUUGCAUUUUAUUUAUCAAGUUAAGUUAUUGAAGACUUAUUUAAAAAAAAAAAAAAAAAAAAUUUUCAGUUUUCAUAAGAGCUUUAUCACAGUAGAGAGCAUCAGCAUUGCCAAAUAUUAGUAGUCAGUAAUUGCUCUCCUCACGCAGAUAUGAAGAAAAAAACUACUGCAGAAUUUAAAUUAAAAGGACUCAGAGAUGCAGAAAUAUAACAUACAGAUGAACAGAAGUUAAGUGUAGAAACAUCAAACAGACCCCAAAGCACUUCUACUGAAAAGGUGAGAUGAUUAGCAUAAUAGAUAACAUAAUGAAGGAUUUUUUUUUUGUCUUCAGACGCUUGUAUUUAGAUCUGCACAACUAAAGGUGAUUGCAGCUUUUAUUUAUUCCAUAAAUGCCAUGUUUUACCACAUAAACCUUUUAAUUUGCCAGACAGGAAGGUUCUUGCUCAGUCAGUGACAGAAAAGAAAAGCCAUAGUAAUAUCUGUUCUCAGCUCAUUCACCGAGAUGUGAAAUUAUCUUCUAAUGCAACAACUGAAUGUUAUUCGAUUUACUUUUCUAUCUCUCAAUUCUGACUUUUUUCCCAGAAUCGCGUGACAUUAACUCACAGCUGCAUAUGGACAAGCCUGAAUUGCAAAGUAUAAACUAAGUCAUUAUUGCAAGAUAUAAACUUGCAAAAAUAGCGACUUUUAAAAUGCACUGUAUAACACUCUAUAACGAGUUAAUUUUUCAUGGUAAACAUAAUAUGCAUAUCAUAUUUUUUUUCUUUCUUUGACGUUUAUAUUUCACAAUCCUGGGAGAAAAGUCAGACUUGGUUAGAUAUAAUUACCUUUAUUUUUUUUAAUCCUGUGGCGGAAACGGGUUUCCGUAGUUAGGCUUUUUGGUGUUCAGACAUUUAAUAUGUUUACCGUAACAAAGGAAACAGUAGAUACAAGCUACACGUAUCUAUUUGAGAUAAAGAAAAAUGUGUCUGUGAAUACGAAUAACAUCAUCUUCCUUCAGUCUCUGAGGAACUAUUUGUCGUUGUGUGUGUUUUACACCAUUUCUGCUUGUGAAGGUUUGUGGAUAUUGUACGACACUCAAUUUUGUCUCAUUGAUUAUAUGCAUUUUUUUUUUUUUUUAAUAAAUGUCAAAAAUGACAAAUGCGUUCAACAACAAUGCAUUAAACAGUGAA